CAGAAAAAAAGGUUGAUUAUUUUCACCCCAAUGGCAGUUCCCUUAGGUUUUGUUGGCACCAUGGUGAUACUUUUUAGUGUGGUUCUCUUAUCUGGGGUCAUUGUCCCAGGUGUUGAGGCUAAGCCAAGGGCUUUCUUUGUGUUUGGAGAUUCACUUGUUGACAGUGGCAACAACAAUUACUUGGCCACCACUGCACGAGCUGAUUCUCCUCCUUAUGGCAUUGAUUAUCCAUCUCGCAAACCAACUGGUCGUUUUUCCAAUGGCCGCAACAUCCCUGAUCUUAUCAGUGAAGGAAUGGGUGGUGAAUCCGUGUUGCCAUAUUUGAGUCCACAGCUAAAAGGUGACAAUCUUCUGAAUGGAGCCAAUUUCGCUUCCGCCGGAAUAGGCAUUCUUAACGACACUGGAGCUCAGUUUCUGAACAUAAUCAGAAUGUAUAGACAGUUGGACUACUUUGAAGAAUACCAGCAACGAGUGUCCAUUCUCAUUGGAGUAGGACGAGCAAAGAAACUUGUGAACCAAGCAUUGGUCCUCAUCACUGUCGGUGGCAACGAUUUCGUGAACAAUUACUACUUGGUACCUUAUUCUGCAAGGUCUCGAGAGUUUUCGCUACAGGAUUAUGUCAAAUAUCUCAUUGUGGAGUACCGUAAACUCUUGAUGAGGCUAUAUGAUCUGGGAGCUCGAAGAGUGCUCGUGACAGGAACUGGACCAAUGGGUUGUGUUCCAGCAGAACUAGCCAUGCGUGGAACCAAUGGAGGAUGUUCUGCUGAACUUCAAAGAGCUGCAUCACUCUACAACCCUCAACUACAACACAUGAUACAAGGACUCAACAAGAAAAUUGGCAAAGACGUUUUUAUCGCUGCAAAUACAGCACGAAUGCACAAUGAUUUCGUAAAUAACCCUGCAGCAUAUGGUUUUACUACAUCAAGAAUUGCUUGUUGUGGGCAAGGACCGUACAACGGGAUUGGGUUAUGCACACCACUCUCGAACUUAUGCCCAAACAGAAACUUGCAUGCGUUUUGGGAUCCAUUCCAUCCGACAGAAAAGGCUAACAGAAUCAUCGUGGAGCAGAUUAUGUCGGGUUCUAAACGAUACAUGAAACCAAUGAACCUAAGCACCAUCCUAGCAUUGGAUGCUACAAAAUGAUAACACUUAUGAUGUCUUCUUUGUGAUUGGAAUUGUUUUAAACUUGUAUCGAUUAUCAGGUGUUUUUGUUUUGUGUGUGCGACUGUCACAGUCUUUAGAGUUGUUAUUUCGCGAACAAAUUAUUCAUCAAUUAAAUAAUUUA